AUGCCCUCCCCCGCCGCAUACACAAUCUACUUCUUCGCCCUCCCCACCUUUCUCCUCGGUCUCCGCGGCCUCUGGGACCCCACCUCCUCCCUGCAAACCCUCAACCUCCCCGCCGCCGCCGCGCCUUCCGUCCAGGCGUCCUCCCUCGGCGCCAUCGCCAUCAGCAUCUUCUACUGCCUCGCCGCGUACCAGGAGAACCGCGCGUUCUUCAAGUGGAGUCUGCUGACGCGGAGCCUGACGACGGCGUGGGCGCUGCGCAUGGGGGGUGGGUGGACGGCGCUCGGGGUUUGGGAGGGUGUUGGCGCGCUGGGGACGGCGGUUGCGCUUGCGGUUGGGAGGGCGUAG